AUGGGUGGAAGACAAAAGAAAUCAGCCAUCGAUACAGCAAUCUUACUCACUACCGAAAUCGAAAGAAAUUCAAGAUCCAAGAAGAAAACCUCAACUCUCUUCCUGGAUGUUAAAGGCGCCUUUGAUCAUGUAUCUAUGAACAAAUUAUUAGAUAUCUGCAAGAAUCUAAACCUCCCAACCAGCCUAAUCGCCUGGAUCUCAUCUUUUUUGAAGGAAAGGCUACUCAAGCUCUCAUUCGAUGGCCAAAUUGAAACCUUCAAGCCGAUCAAUACCGGGAUCCCCCAAGGCAGCCCUAUUUCGCCAAUCCUCUUCUUAAUUUAUAUUCGAGAUCUAUUCUCAGCAAAUUCGAUCAAAUAUCUCUCAUAUAUAGAUGAUAUAGCUUUAACAACAUUUUCAACAUCUUGGAAAAAGAACAUCAUCUCCCUCGAAAGAGCAACUAAACAGAUAUAUGCUCUGGGCAAAGAAAAUGCUAUUCAAUUUGAUCUAGCGAAGACGGAACUAAUACACUUCUCUACAUCCAAAGAUACGAAGACAGCCUCAAUCAAGCUUCCGAACGAGGAGAUAAUUCAACCCUCAACACUAGUCAGAUGGCUAGGCAUAUGGUUCGACCCUGGCCUCAGUUUCAAACAACAUGUCACAAUCCGAGCUACCCAGGCUAAAACCUCAUUCUACCGAAUGGCUGGACUUGCUAAUUCUGAAAAAGGCCUUAGUCCCAAGGCAAUGAGACAGCUUUAUAUGGCAUGUGUCACCAGCAUAGCUGACUACGGUUCAAUUUUAUGGUGGAAAGGGCAAAACCAAUUCAAGAAAAUCCUUCAAUCCCUGCAAAACCUCACCCUUCGAAAAAUCCUAGGAGUAUUCAAAACCUCACCAAUAAAACCAAUGGAAAUAGAAGCCGCAUUGUGCCCUCCAGAAGUAAGGCUAAAUGCUGGAAUCAAACAAUACGCCUUCAGAUUAUUGAAAAUCUCCCCUUCUCAUCCCGUCAAUUUAAUAGCUACAAAGCUGGCUACAGAAAAGGAGAAUCAAGAUGUAGUUGCAACCCCUCGAAGAAAGCAAUUAAAACCUACUCAACUCGAAAAGAUCAAAAAUUCAAUCCAGAAAGACUUCGAUCCUCUCAUUUUAGAAGGAAUCCAUCAUUUCUACUUUCCUCCUUGGAAGAAAGAAGUUCCAUAUAAAGUCAAUAUCAGCAAAUUAGGAAAAGAAGAAGCUGCGAUGAUCCACAAUCUGGCUUUCAAAUAUAGAUGCAAAAAUACCAUUACAAUAUACACCGAUGCCUCAUCCACUUUAGAGGGAAUAGGGAUUGGGAUCGGGAUAGCGGUUAUCUUACCAAAUGGCCGAAUUUCACAUCAAGAGACUAUCAAUAUAGGUGUGAAUCAGCUUGUCUAUAAUGGGGAACUCCUAGGAGUUACUAAAGCGAUCGAAUACGCAAAUUCAAUAGCCCAGCCAGGAAACAAGUUCAAGAUAUACUCAGAUAAUCAAGCAGGAUUAUUCCGGUUGAAAACCCCCUCCGAUUUACCUGGUCAAUCAUGCCAAAUCAAAGCUAUAAAAGCUGCGGAAGCUAUUCAAAAUAAAGGAGCCGAAAUCUCUCUCAAUUGGGUCCCCGGACAUACAUCUGUACAAGGAAAUGAGCUAGCUGAUUCUCUUGCAAAAGAGGCGACCAAAAUACCAUCUUCAUCUCACGAAACCAGUUAUGCCUCCAUUGGAAUGGAUAUAAAAAGAAUGAAAUCAGAGAACUGGAUAGCCAUCCUUAACACUAACAAUUUUCAUCAACCAUCGUCAACAUAUUCAAGAAACUACCCCUGGAAGAUCAGCUCAAAAAUCAGAGUUCCAGGAAACAUCAAAAGAAGCACAAUCUGUGCUCUGUUCCAACUCAAAAUUGGACACGGAUACUUCAAAUCUUAUUUGAAACGAUUCGGUAUCUCCUCUAAUGACAAUUGUAGAUGUGGGGGAAAGGAAUCUCCUGAUCAUCUUCUGCUCAGUUGUCCUUUAUAUAAAAUGGCAAGGAAAACCCUCAAUAAGGAUAACCCCACAGUCCGACCUACCAUGAAAUAUCUGCUUCAUACUAAAGCAGGAAUCAUCAAGACCCUCGAAUUUAUCGAGGCGACGAGAAUAGCCACCAGAUCAUGGCAUCUCAAUAGAAUGCAUGAAGAAGAAGAGGAAGAAGGCGGAGAAGAAGGGGGGUGGACCGAAAGAUUGUGA